AUGGUCGAUUCAAUCAAUCAUAAUGGCUUCGAAGGCCAUGCUCGAUCUCACGGUGAAGUAAUGAUGGAUGUUGAUGUAAAUGCUCAUCCAAAUACUAUCUCUAAAGCACUGAAGAAGCAUGGCAUUUAUAGAAGAAAAGCCGCACAGAAGCCAUUCAUCAAUGACAGUCUGGCUGCUCUCAGGGUUGAGUACGCCGAGUAUAUGCUAAAGGAGUACCCAACAAAGGAGCACUGGAGGAGGGUUAGAUUCAGCGAUGAGGUUCACUUCGGAUAUCAACCUCAGCAAUCAGAGUAUAUCUUUAGAGCCGAAGGCCAGAGGGACCACCCUGAUUGUAUCCAGAGGGUUGAUAAGGAGCUCCUGAAGUUAGACGACGAGUUGGAGAAUGAGAAUGCUCACUGCUGGGCUGCAGUUGGAUACAACUUCAAGAGCGAAUUGGUACAAUAUAAGAUACCUACUACUCGCAAUGGCAAGAUGACUCUAGAGGUGUAUAAGGGCAUCCUCGAGAAGUACGUUAAGCUAUGGAUUGAGGCCGGCCACGAUUUCGUGCUCGAAGAAGAUAGUGACUCUGGCUAUGGAGCACAUAACGACCCUAUGAAGAGGUUCAAGACGGCUAUAGGCCUUACGUGGUUCUUCAACUGUGCUGGAUCUCCAGAGCUAGCAUCUAUUGAGAACUGCUGGCAGCCUCUUAAGCACUAUGUGAAAAAGCAUAGCAGGAGGACGACGGCGGAUCUAUUCGAAUUAGCUGUUGAGGCCUGGCAGGCUCUGUCACAGGACUCGAUUAAUGCCUGGAUCGACUCUAUGCCUGAGAGGUUGAGAGCAGUAAUCGAGGCAAAGGGCCAAUUCAUCUCUGAUAAGAAGUGUCUGUCAGCUUACCUUCGCGAAAAAAGAACAUAA